AUGGUCUAUCGCCCGGGCUUGACGACCUUCUCCUCCUUCUUCUAUCCCUUCGCAAGCUGCGCGGACCGCCUCACGAGAGAAUCGACUCUAUUUCUCGUCUUUGGCCUCAACCCCACUCUCCGACACAGUCCUGCCCUCAACAGCGCCGGCUACGCGCUCGCAGCCGCCACCCCUGCUGCCGCCGCCAUGACGGUAGACCAAGAUGCGCUGCAGUAUCCCAUCCGCAGCAACCCGGACCUCGAGUCCUUCGACAUCGUCAGCUACUACCACAAGCUGCUCGCCGACGACCCCGGGCUUACCAUGCCCGUCGCCGCCAUCGAGUCGCUGAUCGAGGCGCUCAGCCAGUCGUCAGCCACCACCGUCUUCGAGACUAUGGAUCUCGUCAAGACCCAGUCCGCCAAGCUGCGCGCCGCCGUCCGGAACCCCAUCGCCCUCACCCACGGCACCGAGCUCUUCCAGCAGUACCUCGUCAUCUCGCUUAAGCAGCCGGGCCCCGACGGCAAGGAGACUAGCAGUCACGAGAACUUCGAGGUCGUCCGCCAGCACCUGAUGCGCAACACCCGCCUGUUCGUCCAGAGGGCCAAGGAGGCGAGGCUGGACAUCGCUAACGUCGGGCGGCAGUACGUCCGCGACGGCUACACCAUAUUGACCCACGGCGGCUCGCGCGUCGUGGGCACGUUGUUGGGAAGGGCCGCCGAGCCGACAGCUGGCGACGCGAGGCGACGCUUCCGGGUGAUCCACGUUGUCAACGACGCCCGGCGGACCGAGAGCAGCCGGGAAGUGGCCGCGCUUCGAGCCAAAGGCGUCCCCGUCGCCACCAUCCCCGAGUCGGCGGUUGCUUAUUCCAUGGGCCAGGUCAACAUGGUCCUGGUGGGCGCCGAGGCCGUGACGGCAAACGGCGGCAUCAUCUCUCGGAUGGGCACCUACCAGAUCGCCCUGCUGGCCAAGGCCCGCAAGAAGGACUUCUUCGUCGCCGCCGAGCAGCACAAGUUCGGCAAGACCUUCCCCGUCGACCAGUCCGACUUCGGAUUCGACCAGGGCGUCAUCGACUUUCGCGCGGCCGACGAACGGGAGAGCGACAAGGGUCGCCCGCAGCCCAUCGCUGACCCCGUGGACUACACGCCGCCCGAGUUCAUCACGUCCCUCUUCACGAACACCGGUGUGUUCACGCCCACCGCCGUCGCCAAGCAAAUCAUAGACCUCUUGUACUGA